AGGUUGUGAAAUAUUUUGAGCGUCUUGAUGCAUCACAGAUAAUUGAAAACACAAGAUGAUGAUGCAACAGUCUGGUUCUGGUGAUCAGACUGAAAUCAUUUCAGGAGCUUCACAGUCCAGAGCCUCGAUCUGACUCCGAUGAAAUGAUUGUGCUUGUAGAUCAGACGAACCAUCUUUAGAACAAGAGAGAAACGAAGAGGAAAGAAAUCAGAAAUGUUCCACAUUAAAAAAGAUGAAUGUUCUGAGUGUUUUAAUGACUUUUAUACUUUGUCCCACGUCCACAGAUACAAAUAAAAACAUGUGCAGAAUGAAAAGUUGUAGAGUUCAGCUCCGUCAUUUAUCUCUAUUGUUCAUUAGUAUAUAUUUUUAGAAGUGUGUUUUAAAUGCAUACAUGUUUUUAAUUGUAGACACCGGGAAGAAGAACCUCGAGACGUUUCUCUAUCAGUAAUAUUCUGUGUGUAGUAAAACAAGUACAUCUUGUACACAUUCCCUGUAUUUCUAAGAUUUUAUUCUUAUUUAUACUUUCACAUGUUGUCGUGUGUGUCUCCUCUUCUAUCUGCUGCAGUAACAAGUGACCAAUAAAGUCAGAUUAAUAAAGUUUAUAAGACUUUAACAUGGAAAAGCUUGUCAUCAUUUCACACAGGAAUAAAACACGGAUCCACUGUUGUAUGAAAGUUGAUGUACUUUGUCUUAUUUGCUGCACUUUCUACAAAUUAAAGUCAUAAAUAAAAACUCGUUAUUGAAUAAUUUAUAAAUGUAUAACACUUUUGCAGCAUCACUGCUGGAGUGGCCUGCAGCAAAAACCGAACCCCAUUGAGAAAUUCAACAAUUUAGUUUUAUUUCCCUUCCUGCUGUAAAACGAUGUCUCCAAAGAGGAUGAAUCUUCUUCAGUGAGGAGUAAAAAGAUGUUCUGGUUCAUUCGGCGGAGGUGAGGUGUUGAUUAGUCGAUGAAGAAACCAGUUAAAUAUGAGUUUAUGGUUCCUCGGGGUAAACAGAGCUAACAGUGAAAUGCAGGUUUAUCAUUGACGCGUGGCUCAUUUCUCUGUUACAUGUUCGGUUGUGUUGUUCUGUUCUCGGUUGUGUUGUUUAGUUCUCGGUUGUGUAACAUCGUUGUGUAACUUGUGACACAACAACACGAGCCCAGUGUCCGGGUUAGCUAACGAUGCUAAGCUAGGCGGAGCUGCGCCGCGGGUUCGAUGGUCUCCUCCUCCUCCAGGCUGCGGAUGAUCUGGCGUCACCUGGCGAACGGUCGAAUGGGAGAGAUGGCCUCCAAAACACAGCUGCCCACCCCGGAGACAGCGCUGCCCGGGCGGACCGACACCAUCGAAGUCUCCGCCAAACAUGACGUGAACGGCAACAAGACUGUUCCACCUUUCCCAGAGGGGACGGAGAUGGCCAUGUUUGGCAUGGGCUGCUUCUGGGGAGCCGAGAGGAAGUUCUGGAGACAAAAAGGAGUUUAUUCCACCCAAGUGGGUUUCUCUGGAGGAUACACACCUAACCCCACCUACAGGGAGGUCUGCUCAGGAAGAACAGGCCACACCGAGGUGGUGAGAGUCGUCUUCCAUCCCGACCAGAUCAGCUUCGCCCACCUGCUCAAAGUUUUCUGGGAAAGCCACAACCCGACUCAAGGUGUGAGACAGUCUUCAAAUUCUUCUUUUGUUGGGAGUCAUUUUAAAAAAGCAGGUUUUCUGUGUUUUCAUUUAAAACGUGUGAUUUUCUUCCAGGUCCUGACGGAUGACGGCUUUGGUCCAAUCACAACAGAGAUAGCGGAGGUCAAGCCGUUCUAUUACGCUGAGGAUUACCACCAGCAGUACCUGAACAAAAACCCUGACGGAUACUGUGGCCUGGGCGGAACCGGAGUCUCCUGCCCAAUAGGAAUCAAGAAGAAGACUUAGAUUUCCAGAGGCAGGGAUUUCUUUCACAGCUUUAAAAUGUUUACGAAUGCAAAAACCUGAUAUAUUCAAUAUACCUGCAUCAUAUCCAGAGCAAAACUUUACUGAACCUGCAGCGCCGGUGUCUGACGUCUCCAGGUGAAACAAAGAAGGAAGAGAUGUUGGCGAGCGAGUUCAAACA